GCUGGGGGCCAGGUGUGGCAGGAUUUGACCUAAAAUAUACUUAUCAAAUAUUUGUUGAAUGAAUGAAUGUAAAGGGGAGUGGAGGAAAUGAGGGAACAAGGAAAAGGAUGAAGAUCAUAUUUUGAGAAAUCAGAGGGGAAAUGUGAGAUUGAGAAACAAGUAGCAUUUUUGCAAAAGCAGAGUUAAGGUGCCUUUAAAGGGAGAAGGUUGCAUUGGGCUUAAUAGCCUCUGGACUAACAGAGUUUACAAUAGUUACCGGAGAUGCCAGAAUUCCAGGAUAGGUGGAUAGGAAGUUCAGAUUGCUGGGCUUGAGAAUGAGAGAGGAGAACCGGAGCCUAACCAUCAAACUUCGGAAACGGAAGCCAGAGAAAAAGGUGGAAUGGUCAAGUGACACUGUGGACAACGAGCAUAUGGGACGCCGCUCAUCAAAAUGCUGCUGUAUUUAUGAGAAACCUCGGGCCUUUGGCGAGAGCUCCACAGAGAGUGAUGAGGAAGAAGAGGAGGGCUGUGGUCAUACACACUGUGUCCGGGGCCACCGCAAAGGACGGCGUCGUGCAACCCUGGGACCGACCCCUACCACCCCUCCCCAGCCUCCUGACCCAUCCCAGCCCCCUCCAGGACCAAUGCAGCACUAAACUCCUCUCUCCCUGACUAUUCCUGUGUCUGUCUGGCCCUGAAUAUAUCCAUGUGGCUACUUGGAGAUUAAACCCAUGGUUUGAUCUCUUCUCCAGUUCGCCUCUUUCCCUCUCCUCUGCCUGAUAGAGAGAAGAUGGAAAGGUGGGUGGACAGAGAUUCUGGAAUUCUUAAUUGCUGCUAUCCAGAACCCAGGCUUCUGGGUUGCCUCAGCCCUCAUUUCUCCUCUCAGUACCCAUCCUCCCCUCUCCAGGGAUCUAGGCAUCUUGGUCCCAGUCCAUUCCCUUUGUUCUCACUGCCAAACUGCCUGUCCUGGGAUCCGGUUAUCUCAGCCCCUUGCACUGUCUACUCAAGUCCCAAUCAGGUUUCCAACAGCCCUAGCUUUCACUGCCAGGGUCCCAGCCAGAUUCUAGGCAGUCUUGUCCCAGCUGUGUUCAUUAAUCCUGGCUUAGAGCUCUUCCACUCAUUUUUUUUUUUUUUUAACAACCCUAAUUCUUAGUCCUGUGGGAUGUGAGGACUUUGGGAGACCUCAAGGCUCCCAGCCCUUCCCCUCCCUCCCUGCCCAUUUCCCUCAUGCACUAGGGAGGAUUUAGGAGAGGUCUUUGUCAUCCUUACCUCAAAUGGAAAAUGGAGCAGGAAAUAAAGUCAUGUCCUGUCUCCCUACCCUUCUUGUAUGAUCUGGGAUUUCUGAGAAUGCUGCCUUUGCGACUGGUCACUUAGAGCCAACUCCUCAACCUUUGGUCUUUCAGCUUCUGAGACAGAUCCUACAUAGUCCUAGGGGUAUGGGUCCCGGGGGGGAGGGGGGCAGGGAGGAAAAGGGAAGGAGCAAAGAGGUGGGGUUGGGUCUCCUAUACUCGUACCCCUUCCUUCCUAGCUUUGAUGUCUCUGCCAGCCCAGAUGCCCAGCUCUCUUGGUCCUCCCUACCCCUUGCUUGGAUCCAGGUAUCUCAUUUCCCAGGCCUCCUGCCAUGCACAGUUGCAAAGAUCAGUUAAAUCCAUACCACCCUGAGAUCUCAUUUAUUGCCACAGAUGCACAAAAUAAAUAACCCAACAUCACAAAA